GCAGCUCUCCUCGCGGCUCUCUACUUAGUAGCGAUGAAGACGCGGCUCGCGUCGCUUCGGCUCGCUUCUGCUAACGCUCCGCGAGUGUGUUAUAUACAGGCUGAGAUUUUUCGUUGCGCAACGCUCGCCAUGUACCAAUAUAGUACCGUCAUGUGAUUUUGCGUUUGCAAUCCAGCGUGACGCUUGUGUGAACCUGCUGUAUAUGUAUAACAUCGAACCGCCGUUAACAUGGGCUGCGGACAGAGUAACGAGGCCGAGGGCAAAAACACCGAGGGUCUGAGGCUCAUGAGCAGUAAGCUGCACUUCAGGCCGGACCAGCUGGAAAAGCUCAACGACUACUUCGGUCACCUCGUCAAAAGCGACAGUGAAAUUUCACCGGAAAUCAGUAGCAUCGCGGUCGCCGUCGAGAGACUGGUCCAGCGAUUGGUCGUCGGAGUGGGUAAUCUCGACCGCAGAUUUUCCGCCGGCUUUCUCGUCUCGCUUAACGAACGCAGAAGGAUAAAGCAGCUGAGAUUCGAGUAUCUGCUGCGGCUGGAUGCACUGUCGAGGCCCUCGGACGCCGAGCUGCCGUUGAGCGUCGAGGAGGAGAACUCGUUGCCUGGAUUCGCGAGGCUGAGGUUGAGGACCGGUGACGCCGGUGCCUGGGCCGAGUUCGUUGGACCCGACGCGAGACUCAGGAGGGACUUGGUCAAGACUAGAGUCGCUGCGCUUUUGGCCGCUGCUCUGAAAGAGGAUGCAAUAAGUGGCGCUGACGAGAGGCUCUGCAUGACUCCCGGACAGGUGGUCGACGCCGAGGUGCUGGACAAGAUCCUCAAGCAGCCCCGACACUGCCGACUGUUCUACGGACCAGCCGGUAGCGAGUCGAAACUGCCGGAAAUCGGGGAUCACCGCGUAGCCAUAGUCGAGGACGAGAGCGGGAUAAUUCUGAAGAUCGGAUUGAACGGAUCGAAGACGCAGGACAUUCAAGUGAGACUUUUGAUAGGCGCCUCGGUCAACUCGUGGCCGAGUAGCGCCGAUUAUCCCAAGAGGAUACCGCUGCAUCACUGCGACGCUCUCCUCCACUACACAGCCGCCCAGAGCGGCAUGUACGCAGUGGCAGUAGGUCCGCAUCAAGGCUUGCGCUGCGAGGACCGCGCGAGUCUCUGGCGCAUCCGAGUUCCAGCCGCCGAGACAACAAUGAGCAACUACUACUCCGACGAGAGCAUAGUCAAACAGACGGAGUCUGUGCUUCUGCAGAUAUUGGAUCAGCUUCGCGGACGAAAGUCCCUGGACUUUUCCGUGAGACGCAAGGGCUCGCUGCGACUGGUGUCCCGUCACAUAGUUCGAGCGGCGCACUGGUGGUCGCUGGAACGCUCGGGACCGGAUCCCUUAAGGAACUGGGCAGCCGAUACGCUCUCCCGUCACGUGCUCCGCACUCUGGACGAGCUGCUGAGGGCUCUGAAGUGCCAGAAUUUGAGGUGCUACUUCCAGCCGCGCUGCAACCUGAUGCUGCAAUGCGCCCGAGGUGGGACACUGCAGCAAGAGGACGCCUACGCGGCCGACGCUCGGAUCAUCGAAUCCUAUCUGACCUCCCUUCACGCCUACUCUGCCGAGUGGCUGGAAAACCCCGAGCGAAAGCUCUCCAGCAGCGAGCUUUUGGAGAGGAAACUGCUCGCGCGAUGGCCUCAGGUGAUGGCGUCCCUACCCAGAGGCACCAUGAGCGGACACCACGGCUACGGUAACCAUCAGCUCCAGUACCUCGGUCUCGUCGUCGGACAGGUGCUUCGCGCCAAGGAUUCGCUCAAUCAGGAAAGUUUCGACAACUGCAGCUCCUUCUUCAACUUGUCGACGGACUCGCAAGCCGGCGAGGGUAUCGAGAACCUGGUCUACCUAAUGACGCUCGUGCUGAAGCAGGCCAAGGAGCUGGUGCAGGUGACGUCCUUCGGCCAUAGGAGGAGGAAGAGGAAGAGACGACGCAGCAAGGCCGAGCGCAAGAGGAGCUGCGCCAGAGCUUACUUCGACAGGUCCGUCGACGUGCUCGUCGACGUCGUGCGGAAGGACAGGGACACGGCGUAUCUGGACCUGGAGAACGAGACUAUCUUGGCCAAGACGCUGCUCAAGUGGCUGUACUUCGGUAUGGAGGAGGACAAGAAGGUACUGGGAACGUUGCUCCGACCUUACCUCGGCAAUCUAUUCAACGGCUCGCACGAGCUGGCCUGGCACGUGGAGUCCUGGCGCUCGCGGCAGGAGUCUUACAACGCGGAAAUGCGCUCCCUGGGCUUGUUCUGUAAGCUGGUGACCGCACGGGAGAUAUUGCCGGCUAAUGGGAUUGUCGAGUCUCUGACGAAGGGCUGGGCCUGGGCCGAGAGCGUCGCGCGGAUGAUCGAGCGUAUAAGCUCGGCGGAUGACGACAACGGGCUCCGGCUGGUCUUCCUCACACCCGAGCGGAUCCUCAGGUACCAGCUCAAGUUCGCGGGAGGCAAGGACAAAGGCAGUUGUUUCUCGAGCUGGAGCAGGGCCAGAGGCGUCGCCGCGAGGCGGCCGAGCCUUGCCAGGACGAGCAUGAUUACCGCCACCGACACUCUGCCCGGAUUAAGCCGGCGGAGUGAGGCUGAUGCGUUGCACAAAGGAGUUGCAGGUCACGUCGAGCUGAGGGAGGCCAGUCCUUUGACGUUCGUUGCGGCGAUGGCCAGGCGACGCGGCCGACAAAGAGCUCCCGGUGGCUUGAUUCCGGCUCUGGUGACUCUCAACAAGUUUCGGGUUUUGCAGGAGGUGGCGCAGGUUCUCCCGGCGGACGAGUGCACGUCGAUGCUGGAGUUGGUGCAGAGGGUCUCCCGCGAGUCUUCCCGACGCCUGAGACGAGCCAGCUAUCCGGACACCUCAAGCGUGGACGGCAGUGUUCACCGUCAGCUUUACACCCCGAGGUCCGAAUCGAAGUUGUACGAGGCGCCGCGACAGAGCUCGUCAGAGUCGAGAGAGGAAAAAAUCAUAUUGGAGCGGCAGCUGCAAGUGCGACGGGAGAUAUCCGAAAUUCACGACACUCUUACGAGAGGCUUGAGGAGCAGGAGUCAACUUCCGGUCUGGGACUCGACGUCGUUGACGUCGACCUGGACGUCCUCGGUCGGAUCGCUCGGACGGGGGAGAUUGAAGAAACACCGAGCGCCCCUGUGGGACACCGUCAGAGGAACAUCAGCUCUGUGGGACAGCGUCAGCUGCAACAGCACUUUCACGAAAGUUAAAUUGAGAGAGGAUACACCGAAGGCCCUCGCGAUGGAACUGCAUCAGCCGAAUAACAACAGGAAAGUACAGAAUUACGAAAACAACAAGCUGCCCUCCUGGGAAUUGCUCGAGAAGGUUUUGAAUAAAAAAUGCCUGUCCUUCGAAUACAUCAAGUCUGACUCUUGCGAGGAGAACGAGGACGUCAACGUCGACUACCUGUUUAUCAGUAACGAUACCAAGGAGAUUCCCAUGAAGUCGAGCUGAUUUUACUUUCGUAUACUAAAUCGAUCGUCAUACAUACCUCAUUUCGCAUAUACUUAUAAUUACACUGAUGAAUUUUUAAGUUUAUUCUACAACUGUAAAUAAAUACAAAUGCAAAGAUGA